AUGAGCCAGGAUUUGGAGGAGGUUUUGAGGUCGGCAAAGAACAUAACAAACGGGCAAAGAAAAAUCGAGUAUAAAACAGAAGUAGGAACUGGAAACCGGAGCGAUCCGCGCAGCCUCCGACCUCGCCCAACGGCCGUCUCGCUCGUCACGCGAGUCGCCCGCGACGUGAUUAAAAAUCGGCGGGCAUCACGCCACCCAUUGACACGGCGCCGUUAUCACGUCGACGUAGGCUCGCGUGCUGCGAGCACGUGGUCACGUCUAGCCGUUACGCGGACACGCGAACUUGGGGGCACGCGAGCCGCCCGCACGCAGUUCCCAGCGUGGCGGGGCCAGCCCACGUACGCCACGGGACUUGGCCCCGUCUGGCUAAGA